AUGGCCACGAAAGUUGAGAAUUUAACUCCAGAGGAAGUAGAGGAAUAUCUAGCUCGUAUCCAAUAUACUGGACCCAAAGAGGCAACUAUCAAAGCUUUGCAAGAACUACAGCGAUGUCACAUCUUUUCUGUACCAUUUGAAAACCUGAGCAUCUAUGGCAGAGAAGAAAUAAUCCUGACCAAAGAAUGGCUCUUCGAGAAGGUCGUGCGGAGGCGAAGAGGCGGAGUUUGCUACGAAUUGAACACGAUGUUUUCUCUCCUUCUCGACUCUUUGGGGUUUAAACCGCAGACGCACGCCGCUCAAGUGUAUCAUCGUAAGAUUGGCACAGGUGAGCUGGGCCAUCCGGGGGACCAUGUGACUCUGUCGGUAGAUAUCGAGGGACAGCUGUGGUUGACUGAUGUUGGGUUCGGAGAUGCUUUCUGGGAGCCUCUUCCAUUCGCCGACUUGACAGACCCUCAAGAACAACGGAGUGGAACGUAUCGCAUUCGAAAAGACGGCGAUAUAUACGUCUAUGAAGAGAAAAUCAAGGUAGUUGUUGAUGAAAUGGGUAACGAGAAAAAAGAGAAGGAGGCGGCCUUGCGUGGAAAACUGAGCGACUGGGUGCCUCGAUACCAGUUUGACCUCAUCCCAAGAACCUCAGAGGACUUCCAUGAACGGCUUGUCUUUCAACAGUCAGAUCCCAGGUUCAGACGAGAACGCCUAUGCACCUUACCAAUGCCUUGGGGAAGAGUGACCAUCGCAGGGAAUAAAAUCCUAACUACAAAGUAUCUAGGAGACAACAAAAUCAAGAAAGAGGCAAAGGAGCUGGAAGGUGGAGAGAAAUCGGUGGUGGAAGAGCUAGAGCAGAAAUUUGGAAUUCGACGAGAUGCUUGUUUCUACCCGGAGGGGUCCAUGUUUUACGCAAUAAACUAA